GUGGACGGACAAGGGCAUGAAAAGUCUGCACCUUUAAUAAAUAUCUGAUUCGAAAUGGAGAUCCAAGAUAUCCUUUUUGCAUCCUUAGCUGGAUUGUUUUUUAUUUAUUUGAUUACAAAAUUCUUAGAAUUUAAAGAUUUACCACCAGGACCCUGGGGAAAUCUCCCGUACGUGGGGUACCUUCCGUUUCUGUUCUUUAAAAGUCCGUUAAAAGUAUUUGCCGUAUUCAAGGAAAAAUACGGGAAAAUUUUCUCUCUGAAAUUGGGCGGAUUUAGAGUGGUUGUGAUUAAUGACUACAAAUUGGUAAUGGAAGCGUAUAAAGAAGAUGUUUUCAUGGGACGACCUGCGUUCGAAGCACAAAUGACCAGGAACCACGGAAAGAAGCGAGGAAUUUUAUUUUCCGAGGGUAAAACUUGGCAAGAACAGCGUCGUUUCGCAAUCAGAAAUUUGAGGAUGCUAGGUCUUGGAAAGCAUUCUAUGGAGUCCAGUAUUCAACUCGAAGCACGGGAACUUAUUUCCUUCUUUAGUAACAAUAUUGGGAAACCAAUCCAACUCAAGAACAAAUUUAAUGCAUCUGUUCUCAACUCCUUGUGGUACAUUUGUACUGGGGAUCGUUUUGAAGUGAAUGACCCCAACUUUCUCUUCAUGAUUGAUAUGUUCAUAAACAACAUGCAACAGUUAGAGCUCACCGGCGUUCCAUUUUUCUUUCCUUGGAUUUUGAAAAACACGGAUUUAGUUGUGAAAGGAUUUUGGAAUCGAUUUCUGGAAUCGAGAGACCGGAUUCAAGGUCUGAUUCGAAAAACGAUUGAAGAACACAAGAAGACUUUUGAUCCCGAAGUGCAGAGGGAUUUCAUCGACCUUUUGAUUGCUCAAUGGAGGAAAACUGAUGACCCAGAAUCGUCGUUUUAUAAGGACGAAGGAGAUUUGAACAUGUUGUUAGUCGUUGUGGAUCUCUUUCUCGCAGGAGCUGAAACUACAUCGAGCACCCUUCAAUGGGCAAUGUUGUAUAUGAUCGAGUAUCCCGAAAUUCAGGAGAAAGUCCAGAAAGAAAUAGAUGCCGUGAUCGGUCCAAACCGAGAACCUUGUCUGGAUGACAGGGCAAACAUGCUCUACACGGAAGCAACUUUAAAUGAAAUUCACAGAUUUUGUUCUCUCGUUCCUUUCUCCGUGUUUCAUUCCACAAUGGAGGACGUCAAAUUCGCUGGUUUCAAGAUUCCAAAAGAUACCGUGAUUCUGGCGAAUUUAAGAGAUGCCCAUUACGACAAAGGUUACUGGGUCGACCCACACAACUUCCGACCUGAGCGAUUCAUUGAUGAUGCCAAUCAGAAGAUCGUGAAGCACGAGGCCUUUAUGCCCUUUUCUACGGGAAAACGUACCUGUUUGGGAGACUCAAUGGCAAAAGAUUCCCUUUUCAUUUUCUUUACCAGUCUCCUGCAAAAAUUCAGAGUGGAAAAAGACCCUGAUUUCGGACCCCUAUCUCUGGAGCCAAACGCACCAACGUUAAUAGUCGCCCCUUGUCCUUUCAAUAUAAUAAUUAAGAAUAGAACAUGAUGCAUUGUAAUUUUACAUAACGUUUCGAUUUAUUUAUUUUUAGAGAUAUAUUGACUUUUUUUUCUUUACAAGAGCAAUAAUGGCGAAAAAGUAUAUCAUUUCGUAUUUGUGUAUGUCGAUCGUUGCAUAAUAAUGGCAUAAGCAUAUCUUUCUUGAUACAGAAUUGAAAUUAUAACACACGUACUAGCCAUAAUAAAGUCUUUGGAAUUUUUGAAAGCCAAAUAA